CAAAGUUUUUGGAAUCUGUGGCACUACUCGCAAAGGUAUCGUUUUUGUGGAGACAAACAAUGUUGGCGCUCCAUGGCGCGCUCGCGAAUGGAAACUCUUCCACGCGCUGGAGCUCAUUCCCGGCAAAGAACCAUCCUCAAGCCACACGGACGAGAAUCCAAGUCGCAGCGAAGAAAAACAAUGGCGAUGCAGAAACCCAGUCUAACAGCUUUGGCGUGAUCGGAGACCUCCUCGCAAAAUGGAGCGAGAAGUGGAGUUCACAAAAGGCAGAGAAACAAUUUCCCGUGGCUCGAGCAGACGUGAGAGCCAUCGCUGGAGAGCCAUUUUUCGUGCCGCUCUACAACUUGUACACACAGCAUGGUGGGAUUUUCAGGCUCUCGUUUGGGCCAAAGUCUUUUAUCAUCGUCUCCGACCCGCAAGUCACGAAACACGUUCUCAAGGACAAUGCAAAGUCCUACUCCAAGGGAAUCUUGGCAGAAAUCCUCAAGUUCGUCAUGGGAACCGGACUUAUUCCUGCUGAUGGAGAAAUCUGGCGAGCGCGAAGAAGAGCGAUAGUUCCAUCCUUGCAUCGAAAGUACGUGGAGAAAAUGAUAGAACUGUUUGGAAGAGCAAGCUUGAGGCUCUGUGACAAGCUUGAUGCAGCAGCAAGCAAGGAAAUCUCGGCCGAGAUGGAGUCACUCUUCUCGAGAUUGACGCUCGAUAUCAUUGGAAAGGCAGUGUUUAACUACGAGUUUGAUUCUUUGUCUACAGACACGGGGAUAGUAGAGGCAGUGUACACUCUUUUGCGAGAGGCCGAAGCUCGAAGCACUGCUGUAAUUCCUUACUGGAAUUUACCAUUUGCUACGAGCAUUUUCCCGAGACAGAAGAAGGUAGCAGUGGCAUUGACGCUGGUGAACAAAAGCCUGGACGAAUUGAUCUCGACUUGCAAGAGGCUGGUGGAUCAAGAGGACGAUCUCUUCCACGAAGAGUAUGUGAGCGAUCGAGACCCAAGUAUCUUACACUUUCUUCUAGCGUCAGGAGACGAAGUUUCUAGCCAGCAGCUACGAGACGACUUGAUGACAAUGCUGAUUGCGGGUCACGAAACUUCUGCCGCGGUUUUAACUUGGACACUACAUCUUCUAAUCCAGAAUCCAGCAGCCAUGACAAAGCUUCAAGCCGAGGUUGAUGCUGUUCUAGGGGACAAAUGCCCGACUUUGGAGGAUUUGAAGCAGCUCAAGUUCACAAAACGAGUCAUUAACGAGUCCUUGCGGCUUUACCCGCAGCCUCCAGUGUUGAUAAGAAGAUCACUCCAGGACGAUGUACUCGCAGGCUAUCCACUUAAGAGAGGAGAGGACAUUUUCAUAUCUCUAUGGAACUUGCAUCGCUCUCCAUCGCUAUGGGAGCACUCUCACGAGUUUAGACCUGAGAGGUGGCCUCUGGAUGGGCCAGAUCCAAACGAAGUCACAGAGAAUUUCAAGUACUUGCCGUUUGGAGGCGGCCCUCGCAAGUGUGUUGGUGAUAUGUUUGCCACAUUCGAGACUGUCACGGCAGUAGCGAUGCUUGUUCGUCGUUUUGAUUUCAAGCUGGCCCAAGGAGCUCCACCAGUGGGAAUGACUACCGGAGCAACCAUUCACACCACCGCAGGUCUCCAUGUAGCCGUGACAAAAAGAAUCGCUACUCCCAGUGUCCAGAAAAUUAAGCAGCUCCAAAGUUGAUACAUUUUCACAGAAACAAAAUGAGAAAAAGUUGGAUAUUAUGAUAUCAAUCUAACGAUUGUGAUUCUUUGCUCUUUACUUUAUCAAACCAUAUUUACAUUCAAA